AUGAUUUUAGGGUAAAUUUAUAAUUUAUUCUCCUAGGUUUAAUCAUUGGAACGGUAGCUUUUACAAGCAAGGAGCCGGUUUCUUUUGGUUAUAUCUCCUCCGCAGUUAUCGGGUAGGUUCUGGUCCACGAUCUGGCCUAACUACCACCCCAUUUUUCAGAUAUUUACAUAUCAUCUUAUACCUACAGGUCAACUACCCGACAAAUAUCACAGUUACGUCAUUGAGAGAUCAGCCUGACUCACUUUCAGGUACUACGCCAGAACCCAAUAUUCCCUAAAAUAUUUGAGGGGUACUGGUCCUAGGUUAGGUGGCCCAAUUAGUUAAAAUAUUUCUGGUCUUAAUCCAUAGGCUAGUGGUCCCGCGAGGCCAACAUCCCUAACCUCACACUCGGAGGUAAUACGUCCCUUGGGCCAAAUCAUAGCUAGCCGCCUCGCAUCAAUACAAAGAGAGGGCCUCACCUGUCACUCCCAAUCUUUCUUAUGCUUUAAAUGACACCGAGAGGCCUACACCCCGCCACAACGUUCAGUGGCCUCAAUCUUCCCCUCGGGCCCACGCAUAGAUAGUGCCUCUCAAGCCGCUUGGCAACUAGCAGGGUCUCAUCUGUCACGCUCAAAAGAAGCUUAAUUGUUUCACCGCUUGGUAUUUAGCUAGCCCACCAGUACCCACCCACAAAACAUUUUAUACGACUGACUAUUUAUAUUUAUAAUUUCAGUUAUGUCACUAACGCCUGAUAUCCCUGAAGAGCUAUCACUACCUAGCACACCCGCUAGGCCUGCCACCCCUGUUCCGGGUACAGACGUGAAUAGCCCUGCAUCCCUUAGAUCGUGGACCAUACCACGUCUUACAGCUGAACUAAGAAGACGCAGCAUCCCUUUCCCGGCUACAGCUAGGAAGGCGGAGUUGUAUAGGCUAUUAUACACUACCACUGACAACUCCGAGGCAGGGGAAGGCCCUAGCGGAUCGCAAAUGCCAGCAUUUCAUGCUAUGAUGACGUCCCUUAUGGCAUCCAUAGGGACAAUCAGCGACAGGCUGGACAAAUUGGAGGCCGGUAGUGUUACUCAGUCCACAACAAAUGUAACGGUCACCACUCAGCCUCUUGCUAAUACCUUACCCGGUAAUACCCUGGCAGCUACGGCUGAUAUAGAAUCUAUUGAUCCUUCACACAUGGUCCCAGCUCACCUUAAAAAGGACAUUCUGGAAGGCAAGGACGUUAACCUAGCUUCAUUGCUCAUUGCCUCCCAGGAUGUCCUUGAGAACAGGACCUUUGCUUGUGGGGAUACUUCCGUAGUCCUUAGAGCUAGAGACCCUCGCCUGAAUAAAAAAUUGAACAUCCCAGAAUUUGUAUUAGGGUUUGGCAUCUAUAGGGAUGUAUAUUGCACUGUAUACCCAGGGAAAAGAGCCGAGCUGGAUACGUACAUGCACAAGUUGGUGGAUCUGGGACACAAAUACGGUGGUACAGCGUUUUACGAUUACCAUCGUUCCUUCUCUGCAAAAGUGGCAGCAGCUCUGGCUCAGUUCAACUUAAACAUCAAUUGGAGCAAGUUGGACACUGAGCUAUUCUGUAGGCACUUUGCAGGCCUCAGGCCCCCAACUUGUGCAGUAUGCUCAUCAGCAACCCACAGCACAAAUUUCUGCCCUAAUACAGCUGAGGUAGAACAAAACCAAGCAGCAACUAGCCCCCCAAGAUCAAAUAAAGGUUUGAAAGACAAACUAGGAAGAGAUAUUGUCUUCUUAGGGAAAUCCCAAGUAUGUAACAAUUUUAAUGCUGGCAAUUGUGCUUUUAGUUCCUAUAGUCUAAUGCAUGUUUGUUCACAUUGUUUCAGGGCUCAUUCCAAGACAAUGUGCCCAAAUAAAGCUUUCCCAAAACCCUACCUCACAUGCGUGAACCUCAGCUUAUUCGAUUUGCUACGUCUACACCCUUCACGACACUUCAGCGACUAUCUCAUAACAGGAUUAUCGGAGGGAUUUCACACAGGGUUGAUACAUUUACCUACAGGCACACUGGAAUGUGACAACUUACUUUCCACACGGGACGACCCACAGCUGGUACAUAAACUUAUCACAACUGAGGUGAAGCAAGGUUUUUUGCUGGGUCCAUUCCUUUCACCACCCUUCAAUUCUUGGAGAACCAAUCCCAUUGGGAUUGUCACAGGGAAAAACUCACUUACGCACCACAUUCCUCCACGGUCCCUAGCCUAAAUUCACUUAUACCAUCUGAAGAGUUUUCACUACAUUACGCCACUAUCGACCAUGCCAUCGGGGCUAUCAUUAAAGCUGGCACAGGGGCAUGGUUAAGCAAAACGGAUGUAGUGAAUGCCUUCAAACUACUGCCUAUACACCCCACACUUUGGCACCUUCACGGCAUUAAAUGGGAAGGGUUAUACUAUUUCUUCACUCGUCUCACUUUUGGCUCUAAGAGCAGCCCGCGUAUUUUCAACACAUUUGCAGAGGCUUUAUGUUGGUUGUUGCUAAAUGUUUACAAAUGUCCCUCUGUGAUUCACUAUUUAGACGAUUUUCUCACAAUUGAGAACAACACAAGUCCACCCACAAGUUUAAAACACAUGUUGGCAUUAUUUGAGUCACUUUCUGUUCCAGUCUCCCCACACAAGACCCUGGGGCCCGCCACCCAGAUGCAAUUUUUAGGGAUACAACUAGACACAGUACACAUGCAAGCUAGCCUCCCUCAUGAGAAAAUUGAGCGUAUCCUGGCAAGUAUUGACCACUACCUACAGCAAGGUCGUUGCACUAAGAAAGACCUACAAUCAUUGCUGGGAUCGCUUAAUUUUGCAAUGAGAAUCAUUCCCCAGGGGAGAUCAUUUAUUUCACAUUUGCUAUCACUAUUUCCACAAUUCACCUCAGACACAUCUUACAUUUCACUAGACAAACAUGCGACAUCCGAUUUGAGCAUGUGGAGGAUUUUCCUCACUUCUUGGAAUGGGCGUGCCAUGUUUAUACCAUCUCACUCAGACACUUCACCUACAAUAUGGACAGACGCUGCAGCAAACACAGGGUUUGCAGCCAUAUGGGGUGACCUAUGGCUCGUGGGGCCAUGGCCAACUGAGGUCAAAUCACUCACAAAAUUCACAGAGACCUCAGCUUUAUUCGAAUUGUACCCCAUCGUGGCUGCGGCCGUUACCUGGGGCCGCCAGUGGUCCGGUCACACGGUGUGGUGCUAUUCUGAUAAUAUGGCUACUUGCCAUAUUGUCAAUAAAGGCCGGUCAUCAUCCCUGGUAAUUAUGAGGCUAUUGAGACGACUCACAUGGAUAGCAGCCACUUGUCAAUUCUUUCUAACAUGUAUUCACGUUCCAGGGUGCACAAACAUCAGUGCUGAUCACUUGUCUCGAUUUCGUUUUCAGGAAUUCUUCACGACACUACCCACCGCCUCCAGACGGGCAACUCCAGUCCCACUUUUCACAGACAUGAUAAUGGAUUAAAAGCUUUGUUAAAUCACGCACGUCACAUUUCUCACAUGGCACUCUCUGUAAACACUAGAAACACUUACGACAGAGCUUUUCACAUAUUCAAAAAAUUCAUCACUGAAUUUCACAUUCACGAUAUGUUCACGAUAGAAACAAUAUUGGGUUUCACUUCUUUUUGCCACAUCAACCUUAAACUAUCAUUUAACACUAUAAAACUAUACCUUACGGGAAUUCAACACCACAUGCUAAUUCAACAACCCAACGCCACGAGUUUCCUGUCCUCAUAUCAAAUCAAGACAGUUCUUAGAGGCAUUAAGAAAUUAGAUACACAUAUCCCCGAGAAACGACUACCUAUUGAUAACCACAUAUUUCAUGCACUAGUAAACUUGUUAGAUUCCUCUCCUUUUGAGCCCAGGACAAACACGGUAAUAAAAUCAGCCAUAUAUCUUGCUUUUUAUGGAUUCCUCCGUCCCAACGAAUUCACAACUAGGACUAUCACGUCCCCUGAUUACCUAAGAAUUAUGGACUUAGCGAAACAAAACGACCAUUACCUACUCAUGCUAAAACACUCAAAAACCAGUGCCAUAGGUCAUACCGUUACGAUCCCCUUAUACCCUACUCAUAACAAAUGGUGCCCUGUACAAAAUUUUGACAAUUAUCUACUAUCACUCCACAAACAACCAUUACAACCUUUGCUAGAACUGCACGGUAACGUUCUAACUACAGCAAAGUUUAUGCUCUAUGUAAGACUGCUGUUGACUAGACUCGGCUUGAACCCUAGUCAAUUUUCGGGUCAUUCUUUCCGAAUAGGAGCAGCAUCUACAGCUUCUGCUAACCACAUUCCUCCGCACAUCAUCAAAACAAUGGGACGCUGGAAAUCUUCCGCUUAUACUCUUUACAUACCCAAUCCUGUUAAAGAAUUAAGACUAGCUUUCUGUGAUUUAUCUAAAUAAAGUUUUGGUCAACGUAUUACGUCUUAUGAUAAUUUAUUUUUGCCCACUUUUACAGGCCUACUCCUCUGUCGGUUUCGGCACACCACAACCGACUAAUUCCAAUAUUGAUAUGUUAUCAUAUGCUAUGUUUCCAUAUACGGCUAUAUUGCCACGACCACAAAUUAAAAGGCUUGGCCUGUAGUUGUGGGAGGGGCUUGGUUUCCCUUAAAAAGGGCUGCCAAUCCACUCCCACAUUACCGUAAUGGUCUGGCGAGUCAACCCACCCACCACUCCCUCUAUUAUAAACACCCACUAAGGUGGGCCCACUUUUACAGGCCUACUCCUCUGUCGGUUUCGGCACACCACAACCGACUAAUUCCAAUAUUGAUAUGUUAUCAUAUGCUAUGUUUCCAUAUACGGCUAUAUUGCCACGACCACAAAUAUAUAUAUAUAUAUAUAUAUAUAUAUAAUAUUUUUUCAUAUUUAUUCUCUUUGUGUUGUUUAGCUUGUAGAAUUCUUUGAAACAGUCAGUUGGUUACUCCAUGGUACACACAGAAUUACUGAAGCAAAACAUGAAGUUUGAGGUUAUUGGAGAUUCUCAAAAAACACCUGUAGGGGUAGAUUUUUAUUCUCCUGAUAUUGGAAAAUAUGUCAAAACUCUGGAGACAAUUUAAUUUUAGAACGUUAGAGAAGAUGCUCAUAAAUUUACAUGGUAAUUGCCCCACUUUUUGGUACACUGAUCCACGAAGGCAUAACAUUUUUAUUUUACAUAGUCUGUGCUAGAGAUCAGAAAUGUAAACUUCAUACAGUUCUGCUUUCCUCAAGUUACCCAAUUUUCAAAUGUUUUUUCCACCCCGUUUGCCUUUAUCAUAUUGCAAAUCUAUAUAAACUAAGUAUUGUUUGUAUUGUUAAUUAUGGAUUGAACUUCCCCCUUUCUCCCCCAUUAGAUCUCGGAUUGCCUCCUCAUCUCACUAGUCUUAUGACAGUUGGAAAAGAUUCUGACCACCAAAGUACUACAACAAACACAGCCUUCAGCUACUCAAACGAUUCAGGUAAUUUUCUUUGUUUGAUAAUGUUUAGUUCAGUUCUUGACACCCAAUGAUCUACGGCUGUUAAAAUGUAUGUAGAGAGACCACACAGGUAUGAACACGCUAUUUAAAUUUCAUGGGAAAAUGACCAAACCAUAAAAUAUCUUGUAUCUCUAGUUACAGAAAAUAUAAUAAAGGAACAGUUAUCUCUAGUGGUUAUGGUGUCAGACGUGCCCAGGCCUCCCCACACCUAGUGAAAGAAGUCAAGCUAUAUUUUUUUUGAACGGUUAGACGUCUUCUUACCUGGAAUUUGCAGGUGUGCUCCCUUUCCCUAUUACUAAGCACGAAUGUCUGCACGCUACAUUGAGUCCUGUCGUGUUGCACUCAUUUGGCUGAAAUCAUCAGCACUAUAAAAGCUCUUCAGCUUGAUUAGGGGCAAAAUACCUAAUCUGAUCCGGCGCGGAGGGUGAGUAUUUGUCCUGCAGCUAGACCCUAAUGGCAUAAGGCCCUCUUUUUGUAGGAUGGCAUGCCCUUACACUGGGAAAGGGUUACACAUGCACCAGACAUCCCUUGGACAUUGACAAGUCUCUCUUUACAGGCAUAUAAUUCCUAGCAUAGUGUUUCCCUAUAGAAAGGAAUAGCAUUUAUCUUUCAAACUACCUCUCUAGACAAAGUAAAUAUAGAAAUACAUGGAUCAAUUCUGUUUAAAUUCUGGGAUUCUGACUAUUUACAUAUUUUGAUCUUUUGACAGGAGGCUGUGUUUGCCUCAAGCUCUCAUCUGUCACUUUACCCUGACAAUGUGUCUCUUUAUUCUGCUAAUGGAAGAAAAAUGAAAAGCUUCAGAGAUUAUAUACAAUGGAAAAGUAAAUAACAUUUAAUAAAAGUAAAGUAAAAGUGUUUUCCUUUUAACUAAAAACAAAAAAGGAAAAUUUAAAUGGAGCAAAAAAAAAAGUGCAGGGGAUUUUCUUUGUGUGUCUAGAAUGAUAUUCUGUCUGUCUAAUGACAAUUAAACUGUUGCACACUAUGCAAUUGUAGGUAACAUUCUAAAACAAGCAUUUACUGUUUUAGUAAUCGUCGUGAGGAAGCUCAGUAGUGAAUAGUUUGCGUAGCCUGAAACUAGAUGGCUGGUGGGGACACCUAUCACCUACCAGGGAUCUGAAAUUUCUAAUGUCAUUUAUUUCUUUGUUUAGAAUUCAGAUUUUUAAUUUCUUCAGAUAUUGCCUGUUAUCUCCUAAAGUUAUAAUACAAAACAAAGAGGGUACUUAUUUAUUAUUGAGUUCCCCCUUUAUCAUAUUGUAAAGCAUUGUGGGAUAUGUUGUCGCUAUAUAAAUGCCUGUCAUAAUAGAUCAUAGAGUAAUACAGUUUGGCAUUAAAAUGGGGACCCUGUAUAAUUUGCACCCACAGACUAAAGCAUUCUGACUUGUCAGACUGUUUUGAAGAGCCAGAUUAUGUAGUUGUGCAUUUAGCCUUAAACAGCGCAAUGUCCAAUAAAUUUGUGUUGAGUUGACUGCCAGUUUUGCAGAACGUAAACUAAACAUGUUGGUGGAGUUUUCUGUGUUCCAGAAAAGUUGGAAGCCUGUAGUCAGCCUACCACACAUCACUGUUUAGUGAAUUAUCUCCCUUACCUUAUAUCAAAUCACAUUAUUUUGUCUUUUACCCUUUUGAGUUCCAUGCAAGCUUUCUGGAUCUAACCAGAUGGCUUAAGAACAUGGUGAAGUGGAUAUCAAUUCAAUCAAUUGAUUAUUUUGUGUAUCUGACCCGGCCAAAUUAAAGAAAUAGUGCGUGCACGCUCCUAAAGUAAUUCACACCAGACACAGGUUUCAGGUUAAUGAAAAACUUGAGGAAAGUUUAUUCAGAGGGGACGGCAUGUCCCUUAUAAAGCAAAAUUACAUCAUAAGCAUUGUCAGAGAUAACAUGGAAUAAUACAUCAAUAAUUGGUUAGGUGUUAAGUGGUUCAUUUAGUGCUCUACCUACUGAGGGUGAUGUCACUAGCAUCGUGGAGGUCUCCCCCAGAUUCCAGCGCCAUCUUGUUAAUGAGGGUGUUAGUCGAGGUUGGAGGGGAAACUCCCUAGUGGCCAUUUUAGGUAAAUCACAUAUAAAGCUGGAUAAUACUGAUUGAAGUUAUACUAAGUAAAUAGACAUUUUACUAACAUAAAUUAGAUUAAUAUUUUAUGUCCACAACACGUGGCAUAUUUUUUUUUUUACAUUUAACUUUGUCAAAUCUCCAAUAACAUAAGAUUUUAUAAUUCGUUUGUGUUAACCAUAUUUUACCAUACUAUCCAUAUAUUUUUAUUGCUUAUCCUUUUAAGUACCAGUGCGGGUCUGUCGUCAAAACAAUCUGUUGUUUAUAGAUCAUAUCCAAAAUGAACUAAUCCACUUAGUUAUUGAGUUAAAGAAUUUGUAGAGCUAUAGUUGACUUUUGUUUUGUUUUGUUUGUUUUUUUCCAAGCUGGUUAAAUAUGUUUUUCUUUUUUUUGUUUUCUAGGUACAGAUGUUAUGUUGCUGGAUGACUACAGCUCGGACAGUACCCAGCACACUAGAUCUAUUUACUCUAGAAGAAAAAGUUCUGUAACAUUUGAAGAUGAGGUGGAACAGAAAUGUGGUACGCAAUUAAAUGUUACAAUUUUAGAGAUCGGUGUGAACAAAAAAGGAUACGACUGACUUUUUGUACCUUGAACCAGUAAAAGCAUUAAAUAAAAUAGGAAAAUUCUAGCUCGGUCACAUGCAAUUACUGGAAUUAGAAAAAAAAACACUUAAAGGAACACUGCAGUGUCAGGAAUACAAACCUGUAUUCUUGACACUAUAGUGUUAAAAACACAUUUUAGUGGCUGGCUUCCCCUUGCCGCUUUAAAAAAAAAGUAUAAAACUUGCAUUUAUUUCAUUGCUAUUCCGGUCUUGCUGUGGCUGGUUAUCCCCCUACUCUGACUCCAUGGCUGAGAUUACCAAAAUUGCCAAUCCCAGCUAAUCAAAUGCUUUUCCAUAGGAAAGCUUUGGGAGGUUAUUGCGCAUCUGUGACAAAAUUCUGCGCUGCACCAAUCAAUAUCUCCUAAUAGAGAUGCUUUGAAUCAAUGCAUGUCUAUGGGGAGCGUUCAGCGGCUCCAUGCAGAGCGACGCUGAACGUCAUGACACAGGAAGCACCUCUAUGGUCGUCUGGCCGUGACUGCCACUAGAGGUGUUCCUAGACCAGCGGUAGGCAACCUUUUUUUAGUGCUGUGCCAAAACAAGAUCCCAAAGUCCCUUGGUGUGCCGGUCCUAUUUUUUAAAAUCCAAGUGUGUAUGUUGCCAAAUUGUGUUUGUGUUAAAUCGAGGUAUGUAUGUUGCUGUAUUCCGCUUGUGUUAUUGUAUGUGGACUGUUACAUUGUAUAUGUUCAUGACUGGUUUGUGGUAUUGUGUAUGAUACCUAUGAAUGUUGAUUUUGUAUGGCGGUUGCUUGUGUGUCUGGAUGAUAUGUCAUAUAGUGUGUUUGGUGGUGUGUGUAUGUGUGGUAUUGCAUGUGACAGGCUGCUUUUGGGUUGUGUGUGUGUGUGUGUGUGUAUGGAUUGUCAGUGGUGUGUGUGUGAGGAUUAUUUGUAUGAGUUGCAGGUUUCUUCUGAAGCUCUGUGUAUAUCUAGCAGUGUGGUUGGCUUACCCGGGAUCCAGUCUGGACUGGGCUGGUCAGGUCAAGGGCAGGAGCUCAAUAUUUGCUGUGAGCUGCUCUUCUCCAGUGCGGAUUCCUGUUAACAAAUGCUGGGAGAAAGUGAUUUGAGAUCACUUCCUAUAUGUGCUGUAAUGUGUAAAUUGAGGAUUGUCUCUUACCACCUGGAAUCACUGCCCAGUUUGAAUUAGAAGAUAUCUGAAGUCCUACUGGGACUCCUGUUGGGCCAGAGCCUCACGCAUGACCCACGUACCAUAGGUUGCUGACCCCUGUUCUAGUCAGUAAUGUAAACACUGCAUCUUCUCUGAAAAAGCAAUGUUUACAUUAAAAAGCCUGCAGGGACAGGCUAUACACACCAGAACAAUUACAUUAAGCUGUAGUUGUUCUGGCGACUGUAGUGUCCCUUUAACACACUUCUACAUUUCUUUAAAUUAUGAUAUGAAAAUAUUGCUUAUUUAUUACACAUGAUUACAUAGCAGUAUGCUGCUCAGCUAGGUUUUAUGGGUACAUCACAUGUCUAUGGACCAAGGGAGUUUGUUAAUCCCAGCCAGUGACGUAUCUAUUGGCUACUAAUAGAAUUGAUUAAUAUACUUCCUGUAGCCUUUAGCCACUCAAUUAUUUUUGAAGUUGUUACCUUUUGAAAUAGUUAAGUAUGUCAGUGUUUAAAAGAAGGCGGAAAAAUAUGUUGCAAAUAUAUUUUGUACUUAAUGGAUAUACUUUAAAAAAAAUUGACAUAUGGCAAAUUAAGUGCGGAAAUCAUGUAGUUCAGCUUCUAUUUUAAGUAAAUACUCCCUUCAAUUUUUAUUUUAUCACUAUUUAAUACAUACACCCCCUAAGAAAAUGUGCAUUUUAUAUAUAAACAGCUUGCAAAAGCUGCACACCUGCUUUGUUUAUCUUUUGCAAACUCUAUCCUUUAUCGCCAUUGAUCAAUCAGAGGAUUCUCAUUAAGAAUCCUUUGUACUGGAGCUGUGUGUACACACGUGAUCACAGCUUUCUAAGACGUGAAGGCAGGCACACGUUAGCCCAGCUCACCUGCCACUUCCUUUAGCUCUGUGGAGCUAACGGAAAAGGGGGUGGGAGGGUGACUCUGGCUGUCUACUUUAUAGUUGGAAAGGUGUUAUGGUGCUGUUACAAAAGUUCUGAUUUCAAUUGAACAGAUUUAUAAAACAAUUGUAAUUUCUUUUGAAAUUGACACUUCUAUAAACUGUCAAAAAAUGUCAGACAUACUUAACUGCUUUAUGUAUUUGGAGCAUUCUUUUAGCAAGCUUUUAAAUCUCAUGUACAGGUAUAUCUUGUUCUAGCCAGGUUGCAAGUUGAUUUUAAUUGUGAUGUGAAAGAUUUCAUUGUUUUUACUUAUUGAUUUUUUUUUUCUCCUCCCCUACAGAUGUUCACCCAGUGCCAGCUGAAAUCGGGGCAUGUGAUACCACUUUGGAAUCCUUUGCAUCUAGUUUAGCCAAAGCCAUUGAAAUGGAUGCUAAAAUAAGUUUGUUUGGGGAAGACGCAAUGCAAGCUUCCUCUGUACUACGAAGUACACCAGGGAACAGCAAUAUAAACAAAGGCAGCCGAAAUCAUGUUAUCCCAAAGCAGAGGCUCAUACUGCAAAGUAUUGAUGAAGGAAAUCUGUAA